AGUGACACGAAACCGUCAAUCGCGCACGUUUGCUGAGUGAUCUACUAGAUAAGUCUACAAUACAAAGGAUAAGCUAAAAAGGAACAAAAUGGCCAAAGCACCAGCUGUAGGUAUUGAUUUGGGGACAACGUACUCAUGCGUGGGUGUAUUCCAGCAUGGAAAAGUUGAAAUUAUCGCCAACGACCAGGGCAACAGGACCACGCCCUCAUAUGUCGCGUUCACUGACACCGAGCGUCUCAUCGGAGAUGCUGCCAAGAACCAGGUGGCGAUGAACCCCAACAACACCAUCUUCGGUUGGUAAAAUUUUCUUAUUUGUCGUAACCGCUUGUUUGUCGUAACCGGGUGAGUAACUACCACGUGGUUACUCACCCGGUCACCCGGUUGGUUCUACUGUUUCUUCUACUUACCUCCUAGCUACCUACAAUCGAAAUUUCUAAACAAAACUUUCUUUUAAAUCUUUUUUUUUUUCAUUUUAUUUGGAAACUUAAUAAAAACGGACUCACAUUUUGUAGCUUAUAGAAAUUUCCGAUGAAUACGGUAACCCCCUACUCCUUGAAUGUCAAAAAUAAGGAAUCACGUUCUUGAGAUUAUGAAGCAAGAAAAAAAAAUAUUACCUACAGGUAGUGCCAAGAGCAAAUUACGUAAUGCUAUAUUCAGUAUACAUAUUCUUGUUUUUAUUUUAUGCUCCCUGUUAAUAAGUUACGAAAAAUAUACACAAUUUUACACUGCUCUGAAUUAAUUUUAAAUAACUGGAAAAAUUAGUUUUUUUUUUGAUAUGCGUUAGAUAAGAAUAAAUAGUUUUAUCAUCGAAAAAGAAGGCUGUUCUAUCUGUAAUAUUGUCAAUGUCGGAGAUGUCACAGAUCGUCUUUUAGACUUCAUUAUAUUGAAAUUCAAUAAAAGGUUCUUCAUAAUAAUAUGUUAAUAAUUAAUAAAUUCUUAAUUAAGAAAAAAUUAUGCAGAACUUUUUUGAUUCGAUAAAAAUUACUCUUUCAUGAUGAUAUCCCAAUAUACUAGACUAGAGUCUCUGAACAUAUUGAAUGAGAAAAAUAAUCUGAAUUUGUUAUCUAAUAGGAUCAAAUGUUUUUUUUUGUUAAGGAUUAGUAUUUGAGCAAUUGUUGUUUUUGUUACAGAUGCCAAACGUCUUAUUGGACGCAAAUUCGAUGACGCCACUGUACAAGCUGACAUGAAACACUGGCCUUUCGAGGUUGUCAGUGAUGGUGGCAAGCCAAAGAUUAAGGUAUCUUACAAAGGUGAAGAUAAGACCUUCUUCCCUGAAGAAGUAAGCUCAAUGGUGCUUACAAAGAUGAAGGAAACAGCCGAGGCCUACCUUGGCAAAACGGUGCAGAAUGCAGUAAUUACGGUUCCAGCGUACUUCAAUGACUCACAGCGACAGGCCACAAAAGAUGCAGGUACCAUCUCUGGUCUGAACGUUCUCCGUAUCAUCAAUGAACCGACUGCUGCUGCGAUUGCGUACGGUCUUGACAAAAAGGGAGGUGGAGAACGUAAUGUACUUAUUUUCGACCUUGGCGGCGGUACCUUCGAUGUGUCCAUCUUGACCAUCGAGGAUGGUAUCUUUGAAGUAAAAUCGACCGCAGGUGACACGCACUUGGGAGGCGAGGACUUCGAUAACCGUAUGGUUAACCACUUUGUACAGGAGUUCAAGAGGAAGUACAAAAAAGACCUCACCACCAAUAAGAGGGCACUCCGUAGGCUCAGAACUGCUUGUGAGAGGGCAAAGAGGACUCUGUCUUCAUCGACCCAAGCCAGCAUUGAAAUUGAUUCUCUCUUUGAGGGUAUUGAUUUCUACACAUCCAUCACCAGAGCCCGUUUUGAGGAGCUGAAUGCUGACUUAUUCCGGUCCACCAUGGAGCCAGUGGAGAAGUCCCUCCGUGACGCCAAAAUGGACAAGUCCCAGAUCCACGACAUUGUACUUGUUGGUGGGUCUACUCGUAUUCCCAAAGUACAGAAGCUCCUGCAGGACUUCUUCAACGGCAAGGAGCUGAACAAAUCCAUCAACCCAGACGAGGCCGUUGCGUAUGGUGCAGCUGUCCAGGCUGCCAUUCUGCACGGUGACAAGUCCGAGGAGGUCCAAGACCUGCUGCUGCUCGACGUCACACCACUGUCGCUCGGUAUUGAGACUGCCGGUGGAGUCAUGACAACUCUUAUCAAGCGUAACACUACCAUCCCAACGAAGCAGACUCAAACUUUCACCACCUACUCGGACAACCAACCUGGUGUGCUCAUCCAAGUGUUUGAAGGUGAGCGUGCCAUGACAAAGGACAACAACCUCCUUGGAAAAUUCGAACUCACAGGCAUCCCACCUGCACCACGCGGUGUCCCACAAAUCGAGGUCACCUUCGAUAUCGACGCCAACGGUAUUCUCAAUGUAUCUGCUGUCGAGAAAUCGACCAACAAGGAGAACAAGAUUACCAUCACCAACGACAAGGGCCGUUUGUCCAAGGAGGAGAUAGAGCGUAUGGUCAAUGAGGCCGAAAGAUACAGGAAUGAAGACGAAAAACAGAAGGAGACCAUCCAAGCUAAGAAUGCUCUCGAGUCUUACUGCUUCAACAUGAAGUCAACCAUGGAGGAGGAGAAACUUAAGGACAAGAUUUCCGAGUCUGACAAGCAGACCAUCUUGGACAAGUGCAAUGACACCAUCAAAUGGCUGGAUUCCAACCAGCUGGCUGAUAAGGAGGAGUAUGAGCACAAGCAGAAGGAGUUGGAGGGUAUUUGCAACCCCAUCAUCACGAAGUUGUACCAGAGCGCGGGUGGAGCACCCGGUGGAAUGCCCGGUGGUAUGCCUGGCUUCCCCGGCGGAGCCCCGGGCGCUGGUGCAGCCCCUGGUGGAGGCGCCGGACCCACCAUCGAGGAGGUUGAUUAAACAUUCCAUCCUUAUUGGGGAAAGGUCUUCUCAUUGGCAUUACAGUGUUGAAGCUUAAAAUAAAUUCAAUAAAGCGAUAAUAAAUUAUUUGUUUUGUUUUAUUAUAGUAAUCUAUACAAGGGGUAUAUUAAUUAGGUUAACUUACUUUCGUAACUAGAGAUAUUGUUCAUUAAAUUAUCUUCAUUAAAAGAUCGCUGAUAACUGGUAAAAAUUAGUUAACUUUUAUAAAAUUGUAGUGAAACAAUUUAGUCCACAUGAUGGUAAGUGGCUGUAGUGAUUAUUGCAGCUUAUGACAUCCAACAUCUGUAUGGAAGAUGGAGAUCUGUAUGGAAUGCUUCGAUCCUAACUGCCUAUUAUAGACGCUGGUGUGUGAUCCGUGGUUUUCUCAGUGAUGAUUUUGGUAUGUAGUUCGAAGAUCAAAUAAUUCUUCCCUGCUACACUGAUCCAAGUUUCCAAGGGCAUUUAAUUAGGUCUAAACAAGUAAAAAAAGCAUAAAAAGAACAUUACUUUUGCACAUGGCGGAUGGCACAAUAGGCGUGUCUGGUCUGUGGUGCUUGACACGCCCGGCGUGUCAUGAAAUAUUUGUUCGCCGCCACAGCUAAGUUGUCGAAAAUUGGUGCCGCAACGAAUCGGUUAAGUUGAGAUCAAUCUAAGAACAAACAAUAUUUUAUUUCACAGCCAUUAUGAAAUUCACGACUAAACUCCUUUACAUGUAUGUAAGCCCUGAAAAACUAUAAGCAAUUAUAUGCUUUAGUGCUCAGUAGCAACGGAAGAAUCCAGUCAACAGUUUUUGC